AUGGCCCACCACCACCAGGUCACGUACACCCUUCAGGGAGCAGACCGGGAGUCAAAGAAGGUGCUGCAGCGGCGUUCGGUAACGGGUUCCAAGCUGCUGGAGGACGGUGAACAGGUCUUGGGAGGCGAUCUUGCGCUAGAUGUUCUUCGGGUGAAUUCGUCCCAAGAGGAGUCGAAAUCCUUUCUCGGUGGUGAAGAGGUCAUUCACGCAAUUAUUCUUCCAAACUACAAGGAGGAUAUCGACACGCUCAGAACCACCCUUCAUGUCUUGGCUAGCCAUCCAAGGGCAUCCAGCCAAUAUGAAAUCUACCUAGCCAUGGAACAAAAGGAAAUGGAAGCAGCUACGAAGGCAGCCGAGUUGAUCUCGACAUUUGAGACGGCUUUUGCUCAUGUCCGAGUUACUUUCCAUCCAGCCGGAUUGCCAGGGGAAAUCGCUGGCAAGAGCUCCAAUGUUGCAUUUGCAGCCCGGCAUAUCCUCAACACACACGCAAGGGAUGAAGAGGACGACCCGCUGAUGAAAGAAUUGGUAGCCGAUACACACCUACUGCAGGAUUAUUUUUGUGAGAUCCGACGCCUUCACUUCGAUAAUAUCGCCAGCUCCGAGCGGUCUUUCUAUUGUUGUCCCAUCAUCUUCGAUCGAAACUCGUCUAAAACACCAAUUUUGGUCCGUUGUGCGGAUCUGAUGUGGGGAUUUGCUGGCGUCUCGGCGAUGUACCCCAGUUCCCCGAUUAUGAUUCCAACCUCGGUAUAUACUAUACCCUUGCAAUUGGCAAAGAUGGUUGGUGGCUGGGAUAGUGAUGCUACCGCCAUUGGCGAGGACAUGCAUAUGCUACUCAAGUGCUACUUCGGCACGAAUGGCGAUAUCAUCACGCGAGCAGUAUACAGUGCAGCCAGCCAAUGCAACAUCUCGAGCGACGGGAAUCUUGGCUGGCGAAGGACUACGGAUAUCCUCGCUGCCCGCUAUCUUCAGGCUCUACGCCAUAUGUGGGGUGCUCUAGAUACGGGAUUCGCCAUUCGAAAAAGUUUUGGCAACCUUUCGCGCCCUAAUUGGCGACUUUUCUUCCGCGGAAAGCAGUGGGCAUUAGCACACCUUCUUUGGGAGGCCCACUUCCUUCCGUGCUUUCUGACUAUAAUAUUGAUUAUUUCAUCGAUCUAUUCCGCACUUACGCCGCCAAACCAAAUCCACCCAGAUCUAGAUUGGGCAUUCCAGUUCACUGCACUUCUGCGUGUCUGCUCCUUUGUCAUGAUGAAUAUCUGCAUGUUUGUAUAUGACUACUGGCACUAUUUAUGCGUGAACACCCGCUCUAUGGAUAUGAUGGAUGCAGGAGUCGUUGAUGCCGGAUUUUCAUUCCGAAAUAGUUGGGACCGUGGUUGUCUUCUUGACCGCAUUAUAUUCCCUGUGGCAGGUACUAUUUAUGGACCUGUUCCAGCUGUUCAGGCUGUACUGUCCCACUUUUGGACUGAUAAGUUGGUGUAUCAAGUGAGCCAGAAGCCUAGCUUUUUGAGCAACCCUGUUUGA